AUCGAACAGUUUUCGAAUUUUUUAGAUGCUUUUGUCGCUUUUAUUGAAAGGUGCUGAGAAAAGCAGCUGAAUACCUAAUACGUCAUUCCCUGUAGUUCAAUUUCACGACAGCCGUCUGGGGCUUGUUCAGCUACCCUUACAAUGUCUCUUCUUCUCCCCAAGAGGCGGCGAUACACAUGGGAGGGUGAUUUGAUGACUCAGAGCGUUGUUUUAUAGGGACGCGAGAGUCUGCUCUCGCCUGGAGGAGCAAUCCAGUUUGCUUUUAACAAUAGAUGAAGGGUAACUACGAUAGUAUCAGGCAUCAGCGACAAUCAAAGGGAGCGAGACUCGUCCAUGAUUAAAUUCAACGACAAAAAUAUGCGACGUCCUAUUUCAAAUCACUAACCAUCAUCGAUAAUUCUCAAUUAUUAACUGAAAUUUUAAAAUAAUCGAUCAAUGAUAAUAAAAAUAAUAAUUGAAAAUUACUAAGUUAAAAAUCUAUUUAUUAUUUGUCAAGAUAAAUUACGAUAAAUGUAUUUCUAUCCCACAAUGAAAUUACGGUAUUGAUAUAAAUCACGCUUGCAUAAUUUCGACACCAAUGGCAAUGCGUUUACGUGCUCGAUAUCAAAGUCGAUGUCAAAGCGAAUUGGAUUCACGCGAUCAUCUCGAGGAAGCCGCGACUGUGUCGUGUAAUCCUAGAAGAUCAUCGUAUUUCCAGGAUUGUGUGUAGAAAGCGUAGCCAACAAAUAGCCUCAUCGAAGGCUCUCAAGCAGUUACGCAUAUGUGCGCUUGUCAUGUGCCGCACAUCCUGCAACUGUCUUGAGCGAUCUAAGUUUUAGCUUUAUAUUUUAACCACACAAUGUUCUACGGAAAAUUAUCAACUGUUGUUGAUAAAUUUAGUGGCUUACAACGGCUCUUUAAUUUCUGAUUGUUUAGUGUUUACCAUGAAGGAAUAAAUAAUAUUGUAAUAAAUUAUAUUGUAAAUAGAAAUUUAUAUUAUCAGCUAAUUAAAAUAAUGAAUUGAAUGAAGAAGAUAGGACAAUCUUGUUAAUUUACUAAUUAAAAUUCUUUUAAAAUAAACCUAUUGAUAUAUAAAUUGAUAUAAAUAUACAAAUUUAUAUACAAAUUAAUGAAUAAAACUAAAAACAGCGUUUGCCAAAUAUACUUGCGCGAGAAUUUUGCCAAAAAUAAAUUACUGAAAUAAAUAGAGAUCCAGAAACAAUUUAUCAAAACAAACAAAUAAUAACUUAAUUAAAUUUAGAUUUAUUUCGAUCCACGCGGAGCAAAGUAAUCUAAAUUUCAGAACAACUUUGAAAUUAUAUAAUUGAAAGUAUAAAAUUGAAUAAAAUCGAAAGUGUUUCGACACAGACGAGCCUCGAAAUUCUCGGAGUGACGUCACUCCAGGAUCGAUCCGCCCAAACACAUUCUCGAGAAACGUCAUUUUACGACCUCGGUGCUGAUAUCGGGCGAUACGUUCCUGAUCAGCGUGGCGGCGGCGUGGCCAGUACUCGGUGCAUUCCCGACUGCACAUUCGACCGGCUUGGCGACCGACGCGGCGGUGGUAGCGUCAGUCGGCGUCGGGACGGCAAGCCGCGCGGUCAUUUUGAUUGCCUUCAGAACCGGUGAACGCGCACGCGCGCGCGUAAACGCGUGCGGGUACGUUCGGUCGCGUUACUCCGUCAGGUGAUACGCGAACGGUGAUCACACCUGGCGAACCGCAGGUAACAAAAUUCAACGGCAGCUGCAACGCGCGAACACGCACCCCGAGAGAGAGAAACAGAGAGAGAGAGAAAGGGGGAGGGAAGGAAAGAGUCACUUGGAGUCACUUUGGACGACGAUCGAGCGAGUGAUGUCGGCUGAGAUCAUCGGGCGUGAUUCUAAUUGGCAGCCACGCAGGAUAUCGCGAUUCGAAUCAAGGAUAAACUCGGAACAAGAUCGGAAGGCCGUCGAGAUUCGCUCGAUCGAUCGGCGUCGUUCAAUCAGUCUCAACCGGAGCCGUCGAACGUCGCAGAUACUGAGCCACCCGAUGCGAUGGUACGCUCCUGUGCCUGGAGCGAGCUAUCGUGCGUGAGCGUCAUCGGCAUCAUCGUCAACAUCAAGGCUUGGUGACGCGCGGUCGGCGAUUCAGUUAGCCGACAACCGGCGUCACGAUAGUUCGCGUUGUUUCUUGCCCCUGCGCAAGAAACUGGCCCGUCCGAGAGGAAAGUCGUCUUGGGAAAAAUAUCAUCCCCCGCAGAGAGGAAGGAUACCGAAGGGUGCAGUGAAAGAAGAAGAGGAGGAGGAGGAAGAGGCUAAACUUUCGCAGUGCAAUUCCGUGAAAAAAGGAGUAUCGAGGGCACCGAAGGGUGACACCGGGGAAAGAGGAACGCGGGCAAAGCACGUGGAUGCUGUGGCCGGUGUUGGGGGGGGAUGACGGGCUGAGCCCGACAGCGUCGCCCACGCCGGUGGCGACCGGCGCGGUCCCCCCCGCGAAGGGGGUGAACAAACUGACCCCUCUGCUGCUCUGCGCCCCUUGCAAGCCCGGCGGCCACCGGAAGAACCAGAGUUCCACCCAGUGGUACGUGCAACAGCCCACAUGGCGUCUAUGGGGCGAGGAAAGGGGCGACGGCGUCAUUUACACAGUGUACCUGAAGAAGGUCCGGUACCAUCGACCCACGAGGAGUCUCUCGACAUCGGAUUCCGACGACGAGAUCUCGCAUUUGGAAUGGGAGACGGUGCGGGUGCGCUUCUUGAAGGCAGGUACGGUGCAGCGGCUGGUCGAGAGCUUGGCGAACGACGACGGCGAGCUGGAGUCCACCUACAUAAACGUCUUCCUGGCGACCUACCGGGCGUUCACCACCCCGCGUGAAGUCCUCGAGCUGUUGCUUGCGCGAUACGACGCUCUGGACGACACCGCCGGCUGCGAACAACAUCGUAAGACCCUCGUCCAGGCCCUGCACGUCUGGUUGGAUGCGUAUCCGGGCGACUGGAAAUCACCACCUAACCACCCCCUCCUCACCAGGCUCCUCGAGUUCACGCAUCGACGCCUCCUCGGUUCCGAGCUCGAGCUUAAGGCCAGGCAUCGACUGCAUCGCUUCCAACGGGAAGAUCAAAUAGAUUCCUGUAUGGUGUAUGACAAUGGUCGACCUAUACGCAGUUCCCCGGAUCCGAUGUCAGAUCAUUGGGGUAACUAUAUCUUCCCCGAAGUACCCCAUCGCCACUUCGCCGAGCAGCUGACCCGAAUGGAUGCCGAGGUGUUCAAGAAACUAGUCGCCCACCAGUGCCUCGGCGCGGUUUGGUCCAGAAAGGAUCGUUCACGAAGUCACGAUGCCGCCACUGUGUUGGCGACCGUGAACCAGUUCAACGCCGUCUCACUAAGGGUGAUCUCAACAAUACUGACGGACACGACACUCAAAUCGCAAGAGCGCGCUAGGAUUCUCGAAACGUGGAUCGACAUCGCGCAGGAGCUCCGGGUCCUCAAAAACUUUAGCAGUCUGAAGGCGAUCGUGUCGGGUUUGCAGAGUAAUCCAGUGUAUCGUCUGGAAAAAUGCUGGCAGCACAUGCCGCGCGAGAAACACGAGCUGUUCCGCGAGCUCGAGAGGAUAUUUUCCGAGGAAAACAACGCGUGGACACAGAGGGAACUACUCAUCAAAGAAGGCACUGCUAAAUUCGCCGACACCGCCGGUAGAAGUGACAGGCAUCUGCAAAAACUCUUUCAGAAACAGAAUACUCACGCGGGCAAUAUCAGCUAUGGCACGAUACCAUAUUUGGGCACCUUCCUCACUGAUCUAACGAUGAUCGACACGGCGAUACCGGACGCGAUAGUCGACGGUCUCAUCAACUUCGACAAGAGGCGGAAGGAAUUUGAAGUGCUCGCUAGGAUAAGGCUUCUACAAGGUGCGGCAAACGCGUAUAACUUCAACAUGGACCCCGUGUUCGACCGGUGGUUCGAUUCAGUGCUGGUGCUAGACGAUCGAGAAGCCUAUAAACUCAGCUGCCAAAUCGAGCCACCCCCAGCCGGUAAUACUCUCAACAACCGCGGCAAGAAGAAGCAGUGUCAUCAAGGUCACCGGAAGAACGACUCGAUCGCCUCCACGUCCAGCUCAAGCAGUUCCCAGUUCUACUGUGACCUGGAUUCCCUGCCGAGUUCACCCCACAAUUCACUCGAUCGACGAACGUCACCCUCGCAGAUGUCUAGCUCGUCUUCGAGUUCGUCGCUACCGUCCAUGGAUGUAUCCUUGAGUUCCGGCGGAGGUGGCGGUAAUCAGACACGCCUAGCGCCACCGGCGACUGCAGUAACGGCCAACGGCAGCGCACCCAAUCUCGCCGGAUUGUCCAGUCCCAGCCACUCGCACAAGAGCUCGCCAGAUUUUUACAUCAUCAAAGUCACCAUGGAGACAGACAAUGUCGAGACGGAAGGUGUAGUACUGUACAAAUCAAUAAUGCUGUCGAACAACGAGCGCACGCCGCAGGUGAUCCGAAACGCCAUGCUGAAGCUCGGCCUUGAGGGCAACCCCGAUCAGUACACCCUGGCUCAGGUGCUGCCCGAUCGCGAGAUGGUGCUACCCAACUCGGCCAACGUCUACUACGCUGUAAAUACCGCACACAAUCUCAAUUUCAUCCUGCGACCGAGGAGGGAACCUAACGACGUGACCUCCGACAGUCCCAGAAGUAAGGGCAGCGGCCACAAUCACAAGCGGUAGUCCUGAACCGCCGCCGAGUCGUCCUCCGAGCGCCGAUUAGCCAGAUCCGCGGACGAUCCUCGAAGUCUCCUGAUGACACGGUGGGCGGAACAGUUUCGGACGGUUUCAGACAGUUCCGCGGACUCUCGACGCGAGAUUCGUGUAAUGGUGGAUUCGAGUGGAGACGAGAAUGGCGGCGGGGAGCAAAGUGCAGCCGAUCGGGAUAAUUGCGAUGAAUAUGAUUGCGACAUAUUUUCCUCGAUAGGAUGGGCCAAAUAUUAAGCUGUAACUUUACAUGCGGAGCGUGUUAAUUAUAGCACUAUUGAUAUUUAGUAUUACAAUACUAAAUACAUUAAUAGUGUUCCAAGUAAUUGCCGGUAAAUUCAAUUGGUAAUGUUAAUGUUACUAAUCAAUACUGUUACAUAUCAAAAUUAUCACCACUAUUAGUAAUAUUAACAAUAUUAAUUACAUAAUACAUUAUUACAUUGUUACAAUAUUAUUACAUAUCAUUAUACAGUAACAUUACAGCUUAAUAUUGGGUCUGCCGUCACGUUAUAUAUCCAUUUUGAGAACAAUAAUUAUUUAUAUUUAAUUAACCAUAAAAUCACAGAAAGCUAUGACCAUCGCGGUCAUCACGAUCGAUUAUAUUGUUCUUUUUGAAUGCGGAUCGGAAUUAUUAGAUUAGGUGGAUGAGCAAGGAGAAACGAAUCUCGUCGAUUCGUUCAUUUAGGCACCAUGACAACUCGGCUUCCUCGGCUUUUCGUAGCUGUGUGAACAAUAGCCGAGCGGAGCCGAGGUAUGAUUAAGCACGGUUACUCGUACAACCGGAAGUGCGUAAACCCGCGCACGCACGCACGCACGCAUGCAGGCAAAUAGGCAGACACGCACGCACGCACGCCAUGACUCGUACCAUACUCAACAGACAAUAUAGUUGCGUAAACCAAGCUAGCGAGCUACUCUAGCGUCUAUUCCAGGCGCGCGCUCGGCGUGAGUCACGCGCGAUGUUCUUUCUUAUCGGAUCCGCCACCAUGAUGCAAACGAGCGUGGCGUGGGCCUUGCAUUCUCGUAGUAUGCCUCGUAAUAUGUAGAAACGUUGCGUUCAACGUUUGGCGCAUUGUAAUUGCAAUCAAUUUUAUCUGCCCAUUUGAAAAAAUCGUGAUAAUUAAAAUAAACGAAGAUGCGCCACUUCUUUUUGAAUUUAUCAUGAAAAAGAGAUGUCAUUAGUGUUUAGCGCUAAACACGACCAUCUGAUCCUGAGUAAUAUUUGCUCGAUGCAAACACGAUGAUAUUAUGGGAUUAUAAGUGUAUCAAAGUGAGAGGAUUUAUCUUAUCUUUUUCCAUUGAUCACAAGAGAGAGCAGCCACGUCAAGUGCGAGUCCCAUUUAGGACAUGCCGAUGGCUGUCUGAUUACACUUGAUAUUACGAAACGAUAAUUGCACAAGACUUAAUGUACAGCGAUUAUUGAAUGUUUGUUAAAUUAAAUUAUUCGAUCAUUGUUAUAUUUCCAAUUGUUCCAGUUGUUCUUCUAAGAGAGCCGUGUUUGGCGUUAAACGUGCGAGCGGGAAUGCGGGCGUUGCGACGGAACUUCGCGCGUGUAUGUACAUGUAUGAUACGUGUGUUAACGAGAUUACAAGCGAAUAAACGGACAAGCGCGAGCGCGACUCGCCGCCGUAACUCGCGACGGCGAGCCGCUGUGUGAUUUUUUGUAAAUAAUUGUAAUUGCGUAGAGGGUACGGUAGACUCGACCAAGCCGGGUCCCCGGCGAUAAACUGUCAAUUAUUAACGCUAUAAUUUCCCUCGUGUACUCGAAAAUGUAGAAUCCGGAACGGGCACUGCCUUUCGUCGAUAUUCGUCCUUUCAUCCUAUCGCGAACUCGUCCGGAGCAAUCACGUCGCGAAGCAAGAGGAAGAAAAUUCUGUGAUAAAGGAAUCUCCCUUUUUUCCACUCUCUACGACAAAAUCAAAGGAAAUCGGCCACGCAACGAUCGGGCAGGUCAACUUCUUUACGAUAUUACUGAUAAAGCCAGAAACGAAGUAUCCAAGAUGGCUCGCGCGAUAGUUUUACGACUAUUUUAUCGCGGCAGUCGCGACAAAGAAACGGAAGAUACGACUGCAAUAAUAAAGCAGAAAUACAUAUUUUUCUGGCGUUCUAAAAAAGUCGGAAAAGCGCACCGAAAACGUCACAAAUAUUCAUUUUAUGAUUCGGUACUUUCAGUGGUAAAAUAAACAUGUUCGAUCCGAUUGCGGGAGAACUUCGCCUUUUCCAUUUUCAUGGGAAAGUCGUGGAAGAUGCUCAAGGAAUUUCGCGAAAGUUUGUUUGCGAAUAGUUGGUAUUUUCGUCUCGUUUUACUUUUAUCUUGAUCAAUAAUUAUCUUUUUUUAAAUCCAUGCGAAUAUGUACAGUGAAUAUGUAAGAGUGCAAAGAUAUUAACACACUUCUGUGUCUGUAGAGGAUCCUACAGGAAAUAUACGAGAAACAUGUCUUCUCUUAAGAAAAUCAUGCUGCAAAAAGUAUUAUUCAUUUUUUCAUAGUCGUACGCACGCAAAACGAAAAGCGAUGUACUUCACAGAUACGAAGUAGGCUCUCGAUCCAUACUUUCCAGCUGAAGACAUUUUUAAUCGAUUGAUGGCAGAACAUUCUAAGAGGAAUAUCCAAAACUGCGUAACAAAAAUAGCACGGUCACAAUAAAUUACUUUGCGCGUAAGAGCAAUUUAGCCACGAUGAUAUUCGAUUACUGCAUAAUUAAAUUCGCGAGAUAUACGAAAUUGUUUAUAGUUUAUAUACUCGUUACAGACUCGACAGGUUCUGGCCGACUAAACUUGGCAGGGCCGAAUCGCCCUUUUUCCCAUCAUUCCGGGCACGCCUGGUUUGCGGUACUCAAUCGAUACGACAUUACGAAAACGAGCGUUAAAUAAUGAAGAAUUCGUAAAAAGGUGGGCUUGCCCAGUCGGUUUUUCUGCCCGGCGCGGCGGGACCUUCGUCGAAUCGAAUCGGAACUCGCGCGCUAAUCAACUCAUUGUGAGUCACUUCAUCACUGUCGAUCGGUCGGUUUUUCAUAUUUUUACAAAGCUUCGCGACCCGUAAACACAGCUGUAAGAGAAAAAGAGAAAGAAAGAGAGAGAAAGAGGCAGGAGCACGUAGAAGCAAAUAUUGGUCGACGAUAUUUAGAUCGGAUAAGGUUUCUCGGAGACGCGUUGUUAGCUUUUGUACACAAUUUUGUACUUAUCUCCCCGUCGAUUUUCCCUUUUCCUCCCUCCGUACCUUUUCUCCCGUCCCUCAACUUUUCCUCCGAGUCUCGUAUCUGUUUGUCUAUAAGUAACUGUAUAUUCCUUUCCGUGUAGACGGCCUCGAAAUAAGGAACAAGAGCAAGAAAGAGAGAGAGAGAGAGAGAGAGAGAGAGAAGGAGAGAGAGCGCCUACGCAAUGAAGUUCUGUAGUACGAGCUGACAAAAGUGAGAAUAGAUGGCCUACACUUUUA